CUGCUGCUGCUCUGGAUGGGCGGGUGGUUUACAUCCUCAGCAUCACCAAGCAGAGAAAGGGGGGAGGGAAUCCCAGCUGCUGCUGAUAUUGGGUUCUGAAACAGCCUCAGUAACAGGGAAAAUGGAUUCAGCUUGCACAUCCCUCGCCUUUCAGCAUCUUCUCCUGGUUUCGACAUGGGCUUCCAAAGCGGCUGAGGACAGGACCUUAAGGAAUGUCACACAGUAGGUGCUGAGACAACUUGCACUGAACAGAACAAACAAAGAUGGCAGUCCCUAUUUGAAAGGAAUUAAAGGCGUAUACUCUCAUUAGGAAGAAACAAUGUCAAAAAAAGGACGUAGCAAGGGCGAGAAGCCUGAGGCACUGAUUGUUGCCCUGCAGGCUGCUAAUGAAGAGCUCAGGACCAAGCUAACAGACAUUCAAAUUGAGCUGCAUCAGGAGAAAUCGAAGGUCAGCAAACUUGAAAGAGAAAAGAUUCAAGAAACUAAGCGGAUCAGAGAAUUGGAGCAACGCAAGCAGACUGUGCAGAUCACUGAACUUAAAGCCAAACUCCAUGAGGAGAAAAUGAAAGAGCUGCAGGCAGUGCGGGAGAACCUAAUCAAACAGCACGAGCAGGAAAUUACUCGGACAGUUAAAGUCAGAGACAGUGAAAUCCAGCGCCUCAAGUCAGCACUGUACGCUUUACGGGACGGGAGCAGUGACAAAGUAAGGACAGCGCUGACUAUUGAGGCUCGUGAAGAGGCCAGGAAACAGUUUGACUCCGAGCGCCUUAAACUUUUGCAGGAAAUUACUGAACUAAAAUCUGCCAAAAAGCAGGUGGACGAGGCCCUUACCAACAUGAUCCAGGCCGAUAAAAUCAAGGCGGGUGAUCUUCGGAGUGAGCAUCAGUCCCAUCAGGAAACCAUCUCUAAGAUCAAAUGGGAGAGUGAAAGGGAUAUUCGCAGACUGAUGGAUGAAAUCAAGGCUAAAGACAGAAUUAUCUUUUCCUUGGAGAAAGAACUGGAGACCCAGACAGGCUAUGUUCAGAAGCUCCAGCUGCAGAAGGAGGCUCUGGAUGAACAGCUCUUCUUAGUGAAAGAGGCGGAGUGUAACAUGAGCAGUCCCAAACGAGAGAUCCCAGGAAGAGCAGGAGACGGGUCAGAGCACUGUAGCAGUCCUGAUUUACGCAGAAAUCAGAAGAGAAUGGCAGAGCUGAAUGCCACUAUCCGCAAGUUGGAGGACAGGAACACACUGCUUGUAGAUGAACGAAAUGAACUGUUGAAACGUGUUCGAGAAGCUGAAAAACAAUGCAAACCUCUCCUUGAAAGGAACAAGUGCCUCACCAAGAGAAACGAUGAACUGAUGCAGUCUUUGCAGCGCAUGGAGGAGAAACUCAAAGCAAUCACAAAAGAAAAUGUAGAAAUGAGAGAAAAAAUGACAUCACACCCUCCACUGAAGAAAUUAAAAUCUCUCAAUGACUUAGAUCAAGCUAACGAAGAGCAAGAAACAGAGUUUUUAAAGCUUCAAGUUAUAGAACAACAGAACAUAAUUGAUGAGUUAACAAGGGAUAGGGAAAAGCUGAUUCGUCGCAGGAAGCAUAAAAGAAGUUCAAAGCCAAUUAAGAGACAUAUAGUCGAUACUGUUUUUGGCUAUGAUGAUGACUCCAUGGACUCUGAAACGUCAUCCAUGGCCUCGUUCAGAACAGACAGAACACCAGCAACCCCAGACGAUGACCUUGAUGAGAGUUUAGCAGCAGAAGAAUCAGAGCUGCGAUUUCGACAGCUAACAAAAGAAUACCAGGCCCUGCAGAGGGCAUAUGCAUUACUGCAGGAGCAGACUGGAGGUAUCAUAGAUGCUGAAAGAGAAGCCAAGGCACAGGAGCAGCUCCAAGCAGAAGUCCAGAGGUAUAAAGCAAAAAUAGAAGAUCUGGAAACAACUUUGGCACAAAAAGGACAGGAUUCCCACUGGGUAGAAGAUAAACAGCUUUUCAUUAAGAGGAAUCAAGAGCUUUUGGAAAAGAUAGAAAAACUGGAGGCAGACAACAGCCGAUUGCAACAGGAGCUGCAGGAUGCCAGAGACCAGAAUGAACUGCUGGAGUUCCGGAAUCUAGAGCUUGAAGAAAGAGAAAGACGGUCCCCACCCUUUAAUCUCCAAAUCCACCCAUUCUCAGAUGGUGUAAGCGCUCUCCAGAUCUACUGUAUGAAGGAAGGUGUCAAGGAUGUCAGCAUUCCAGACCUCAUAAAGCAGUUAGACAUCUUGGGUGACAAUGGGAAUUUAAGAAAUGAAGAGCAAGUGGCUAUCAUUCAAGCUAGCACUGUGUUAUCCUUGGCAGAAAAGUGGAUCCAGCAGAUUGAAGGGGCUGAAGCAGCUCUACACCAGAAGAUGAUGGAACUGGAAAGUGACAUGGAGCAGUUUUGCAAAAUAAAAGGUUAUUUGGAGGAAGAAUUAGACUACAGGAAGCAAGCUCUUGACCAAGCAUAUAUGAGAAUCCAGGAGCUUGAAGCUACCUUGUACAAUGCUUUGCAGCAAGAAACGGUGAUAAAGUUUGGGGAACUGCUAAGUGAAAAGCAACAGGAGGAGCUGAGGACAGCCGUAGAAAAGUUAAGACGGCAGAUGCUGAGGAAAAGCAGAGAAUAUGACUGCCAGAUUCUUCAGGAGAGGAUGGAGCUGCUACAGCAGGCACAUCAGAGGAUCCGAGAUUUAGAAGAUAAAACUGAUGUCCAGAAGAGACAGAUCAAGGACCUAGAGGAAAAAUUUCUGUUUCUAUUCUUGUUCUUCUCUCUUGCCUUUAUUCUUUGGCCUUGAUGUCAAUGUGCCUCUUGGAAAGAGUGCCAGACUACACAGAUAAGUCCUUAGAAAGGCAAAUGCUUCCAAACCCAAGAAGAGAACACUGUUUACACCAAUUUAAAAAUACAACAACAACCUGUAGCCAAGACUACAACCACCAUGUAUUUUAAAGCCAUUAUUCAAGAUUUGUUACUUGACAGUUCCUGUCUAAAGCUACAAUAUAUGCUGCAUUUAAUGAAGUUCUAUAUGUCAAACUAAGAAAAAAAGAGGGGGGAGAAACAAACUGUGAACAUAUUAAAAAAAAUUAAACAGAAUCAGCAGAUGAAGUACAAAUGGGCCUUGGGCAUGGAACCAAAGUUACAACAGAACAAUCUAUCCCUGCUGUGCAGGGGGAUAUUAAAUGUAACAAUGACACCCCAUGGAAAAAAAUCAAUAUUAAAGGGACAGAGCAGGAGAAACGUUUUUUCAAAACUGUGAGGGGAUAUUGAUAAUAAAAUAUUCAAUUUGAAUCAUCCGGCUUCCUUACUACAGGGACUCUCUUUCUCCUUUUGGUUUUAAACUCAGGAACAAUGACAGCUGCAAUGUGAACAAAAGGAAAAACAUACUCUGUUUUGUUU